AUGUUCGAGCUGAGUGUUAACUGCCUUUCUGUUUCUGUUGUCAGCGGAUACGCAGCCGACGAAAUUACGCACUGCAUUCGGCCGCAGGACAUCAAGGAGAGGAGAGCGGUCAUCAUCCUUCGGAAAACAAGACUAGAUGCACCUCGACUGGAAACAAAAUCGCUGAGUAGCUCCGUGUUGCCACCGGGUUACGCCUCCGACCGCCUGUCGGGAAACAACAGGGACCAGAUCCUGAAACCCAAGCGGUCCCAUCGCAAGGCAGACCCCGAUGCUGCUCACAGGCCACGGAUUCUAGAAAUGGAUAAAGAGGAGAACAGGCGCUCGGUCCUCUUACCAAAACAUAGGAGACGGAGCAACUUCAGCUCCGAGAACUAUUGGCGAAGGUCUUACGAGUACACGGAGGACUGUGAGGAGGAGGAGGAGGACGGCAGCCCGGCCAGGAAAGUUAAAAUGAGGCGACACUGAGGAAUGCACUUUCCGGGCUCGCGGAGCUGAUGAGAUUGGCCUCCAGUCUGUGAAAACUUUCUCCUCCCUCUGGCUCUCUUCCAUCUAGCUUCAGUUUUGGUUUUUCCUUUCAGGCUGAAGAGGAAACAGGAAGGAUCUAGCGAUUUGUUUUUAUGAAUGGAGGAAUGCUGAGACAUAUGUAAGGAUGGAACAUGUCCAGUGCACGUGGUGUCCUGAGUCAUGGGUCAAACGGGCACCUCUCCCUUAGGAAGCAGAUGAAGUUGUGCCAGGCUGUCUGUUGGGAUUUCUUUUGAAAACACCAAAAAGUUUAACUGUUUCGUUGCGCAAGGUUCAAGAAUUGUAUUUUUGUUGGUUAUUUUUUUUGUUGGUUUUUUUUUUUUUUUUUGCUUUAACUUCCUUUCCAAAUGUUCUAAAUAUGAUGUUAGACCCCAGGAGCUGAAA